AUGGAUCUUGUGGCGGGCAAGAUGGGGUCUUAUUGGUUGGGUCAACAAGCCAACAGCCAGCUCAGCUCCGUCAGCAAUGAUAUCAACUCAUUAUCAACAAGCAUUGAAGGAGGAACCAAGUGGUUAGUUAACAAGGUGAAAGGAAAAGCGCAGAAGCCAUUAACAGAACUCCUCAAGGAGCAUGACUUCCCAGUAGGUUUAUUUCCUCGGGAGGCCACGGAUUAUGAAUUCAAUGAGGAGACAAAGAAGCUUCUUGUCCACAUUCCAUCGGCCUGCGAAGUAACAUACAGGGAUCAAUCUGUAAUGCGCUUCGCAACUACGGUAACCGGAAAUUUGGAGAAAGGGAAGCUAUCUGAUAUAGAUGGAAUAAAGACUAAGUUUAUCAUAUGGCUCAAGGUAAGCAUUAUUUCUUCUGAAGAAGGCAAGCUCAACUUUUAUGUUGGUAUAACAAGAUCACGAGACAGAAGUGCCUAUGAGUUUGUGAGAGAUGGAGUAACUGUCGAUAAGUUCUAAUAGUAAUCGCUUUAAUUUGUCUGCCUGUCAA